GCUCUGGUCUUUGGUGCCCUGUUCUAAUACAUUUGGAGCAGACUAUGGUGCCCUGUUUUAAUACAUGUGGAGCAGGCUCUGGUGUCCUGUUAUGAUACAUGUGGAGCAGGCUCUGGUGUCCUGUUAUACUACGGAGUAGACUUUGCCCUGUUAUGGUUCAUUUGGAGCAGACUCUGGUUCCCUGUUUGUAUACAUUUGGAGCAGGCUGUGGUGUCAUGUCUAGGUAAACAUGCUGCAGGCUCUGAUUUGCUCUUGCUGGUUAUAAUCUCCCUUGGAAUUACAUCAGGGUCAGCCAGGCAGCGGAUGAUCUGGAAACAGCUGCUGUGCCGACUGUACCUCACCAGCAAUGGUCUGUGCCAAGUAACUGUAGGUGCCGAGAAGUGCAGCAAAGCGUCAGCUCCUUGGGUAAAUGAGCUGAUUGUGAAGGCAGUGUCACUCACAAGAGGGGCAUUCCCGGCUGCCCUGCAGAAAAAUGCCAGUGGGUGUAUAUGUCCUAUGACUGUCUCAAGGAUGGAUGAGAACAAAAGUCACAUGACUGAGACGAUAUUAGGAAUCACCCUGGAGAUCAUCUACCUGCUGACUGGGGAGGAUUAUCUAGUAGUGAAGAUAUCUGGUAAGCCUGUGACAACCAGCGGCCAUCCACGCAUGUCAGGAAGACUAAGCAGGACCCAGAGCCCCAUCACCGUGCCUCCACCUCACUCCCUGAUACAUGAGAGGCACAGCGACCAGAAGAUCCUGAAACUCGCCAACAAGAUCAUUCAGCUGCUGACUGGAGAGGUUCCCAUAAGGUGUGAAGAUGUCACCGUCUAUUUCUCCAUGGAGGAGUGGGAAUAUAUAGAGGAACACAGGGGUCUGUACAAGGACGCGAUGAUGGAGAAUCACCGGCCCCUCACAUCACUGGAUGGAGCCAGUAUGAGAAAUACCCCAGAGAGAUGUCCAAGUUCUCCUUGUUCCCAGGAUCAUACAGAGGAGAAUCACAGUGUCCUACAGGAGGGUCAGGAUGGAGAUCUGAUUGAUGUCAAAGUAGUAGUAGUAGAAGAAGAGACGUAUGUGAUGGGUGAGCAGCGGAGUGAGGUGGAGGAAAUCCCUACAGGUAACAGCACAGAUGGACCGAUCAGCAAAAACACCUCAGAGGAACCUCUCAUUUUAUCUCCAGAUUGUCAAACAGAGGAUAACGACAUCACACAAGACCAUCCGGUGGAAAGCCCCCUUACCCCAGAUAUACUUCCAGUACUAGUAAUUGCCGAUGUAUCACCUGGUCCCUCUGAUCGUGAGGUUGUAAAUACAUGCUCCUGUACGGUGUGUGGCAAAUGCUUCGCUGAGAAUGCGGAUCUUCGUAGACAUCAGAGAACUCACCCGGCUCAAAAGUCAUUCCCGUGUUCCGAGUGCGGCAAAUGUUUUAAGCGCAAAUCAAACCUCAUCCAGCAUCAGAGAACUCACACCGGGGUGAAGCCGUUCUCGUGUUCCGAUUGCGGGAAACGUUUCACGCACAAGUCUUCCGUCGUUCAACAUCAGAGGAUUCACUCGACCGAAAAGUCCUUUCCGUGCCCUGAGUGCGGGAAAUGCCUUCCCUGUAAGUCGCGCCUUGUGCACCAUCUGAGAAUUCACACGGGCGAGAAGCCUUUCGCUUGUCCUGACUGCGGGAAAUGCUUUAACGACAAACAGAAUCUUGCCACCCAUCAAAAAAAUCACUCGGGUGAUAAGGACUUCCGGUGUUCCGAGUGCGGGAAAUGUUUUACAGGCAGGUCGCACCUGGUUAAACAUCAGAGAACGCACACGGGAGAGAAGCCGUUCCUGUGUACCGUGUGUGGGAAAUGUUUCAGUCAAAAGCCCAAUCUGGUUCAUCAUCAGAAAAUUCACACCGGCGAGAAGCCGUUUUCAUGUUCCGUGUGUGGGAAACGUUUCACGCAGAAGUCGUCGCUUACUACGCACGAGAGAAGUCACACGGGCGAAAGGCCCUUUCCGUGUUCGGUGUGUGGGAAAUGGUUUGCCCUGAAAGCUCAUCUUAGUAGACACCAGUUACUUCACGCCAGUGAGAAGCCGUUUCCUUGCUCUGACUGUGGGAAAUGUUUUCCAGUGAAAUCGUCGCUUACGGCCCAUCAGAUAUGGCACAAGAAUGAGAGGCCGUUUCCAUGUUCUGACUGUGGGAAACGAUUUCCAGUGAAAUCAGAACUUUUGAGGCACCAGAGAAUUCACACCGGGGAGAAGCCAUUUUCAUGCUCUGUGUGUGGGAAGUCUUUUAUACAAAAAUCAGGUCUUCAUAAACAUGAGAGGCUACAUACAGGAGAAAGGUGGUGAGCGACAUAAAGAUAGGAAAUAGAGCUGCUGCAACAAAGAUAUACGUUUAUGGAAUUCGGUAUAGUCGUCUCUGUUUAUGGGAGUGUAACGUUAAGAAUCCUGUGUGCAUGAUGUUGAUUGGAAGUAUCUUGCAUUAGUUGACCUCUAACUUUAAUAAUCCAUUCUCUAGUCUUCGUUGUUGAACGGUUUUUCCAUAGUUGUAUGAUACGUGAUUUUUUUUUCUUCAAUAAAUGUUUGAAGAGUGA